AUGGGACGACCAAAACGCGCCGCCCUCCAGGCGGCUGAGGACACCCUGACGCCCCCCGACGCCCUCGAGCAGAACCAAGCCAUCGUGCGUGUAAUCAAGGCCGAGGGCAACAACCUGUACGCCUGCGAGUUGCCCAACAAGAAGGACCUCGUCCUCGAGCUGGCCCAGCGCUUCCGUAACACCAUCUGGAUCAAGCGGGGCGGCUACGUCUUGGCCGAGAGAUACGACGAGCCCAAUGGUCGCGUCAUGGGCGAGAUCAUCAACGUCGUUCGCGACGAGAAGGCCUGGCGCAAGCAAUCUUACUGGCCCAAGGAGUUUGCAAAGACAAACACGUAUGAUGAUAGCGAAGAGUCCGACUCAAACAUCGGCAAGAUGCCGCCAUCCGAUUCCGAGGACGACUACUGA